AGCUGCAUUUUAGAUGCGUAUGUUCCCGCAUCUAUCCUACUAUACUUUAUCUGAAUACCGAACUCUAGGUUCAUUUUUGUAGCUAAGCAAACAGGGCUCAUAUUUAUCCUACCAAAUCUGUUUGCCAGAGGAACAUGCAAUGGAACAUCGCAUAUUUUCUACACAACACUGCAGGCGGACUCGGAGCGCCGGAUAGUGGACAAUCAAGAGCAGUACAAGCCAGAGCAAACAAAAAAUAUGACUGACAAAACGCAACAGGAGUUCAUUCAGACAGGAGACAGAGGAUCCUCGAAUCUCUUCCCCCCCUGAGACCCCCUCCAUUGGAGCAACACCAUCUCAACUCUGUCUCAUUCCCAAGCAGAAGACAAGCAAGACCGUUUACCACCUGUGCAAGUGCAUAAUGAGACCGGUGCAAAUGGAGUUGCUGCUCCUGGGAAAGAGCGACCUUUCUAGGCGGCGCGAAGAACUGCGGAAUUUCCGUCACUGCGUCAGAAGGUUGGGGCGUCACAUCCAAUCCAGCGCGAGGAAAUUCUGCAAGCUGUCGGACAGGGAGGUCUGGGAGGCCAACCUGUGGGAGUACGCCUGCCUCUACACCGUGUUUGACAGGCUGCAGCUCCGGAUCCUGUACAGAAACAGCCGCAGGAAUUUCAACAGCUUCAAGACAACCUACGAGAAGCUUCGCUUCAAUUUCCUGGCAACUCAGCUGCUGAUUGGCUCCUGUGACCUCCAGCAGCUCUAUGGGGCCUGGCACCUGUGCGGAGCCUGCAUCUGCCCUGACUGCAGGCUGACAUCAUUGAACUGCACACCUCAGAACGGGCAGGUGCAGAGGGAAAUGAGUGGGGAUGAUGCCAGGCCAGAUAGUGGACAAGGCCCAUCAAAAACUGCAGUGAGCAGAGCAAUGCACCAUGGGUGCUGUAGUCCAGACACACAAGGACACAGUCUAUGGGAUACAAGCAGGCCAAACACAGAGGGAGCCAGCAUGGACUCUCUGAAACAAAGAUGCACCGAGUAAGGAGGAGCCAACCCAGCGAGGGACGGGUAUACUGGCCUUUGGAACAGACAUACCGGGAGGAAGCAGGGGUUAGAUCAGGAUUCAAAAAUACCACCCCCCCUCAAACAUGGCCACAACAUGCACAGACAGAUAAGAGGCAACCCUGAUGUCACUGCUAAGCCCUUUGUGGAAAAAGAGUUCAUAUGUGUCAAAGUACGACAUGACAGCCGUUCUGGAUGUACUUGCAGUGGCAGCCAUUAUACCAAUGCACCCAUGUUAGGCUUGAGCUUUUUAAUCCUGAGGAAUUAUGAUAUAACAAAUAAAAGCCUGAUUGUGCUAAGAAGAAGCUAGGCUACCGUGAAAAAGGAGUCAUGGAUUGGUUUGCAACAUGUCGGCAACAAUAAAACAGGGAUGAAACACAUUGUUAUCUCAGCUUGCUCAAAGAAACUAGAGAGGAACUCCACCAAACACAGAAGAGUUUGUUAACAGUUGUUUCCAAUGUGCUCCGUGAUUGGUGGAGCUUUUCUCUGUUUUCGUAAAAAGUGAUGUCACGACUGUCUUACUGCUGUUUUAUUAUCCCUGAAACAUGCUCUCCUGAAAUGCAUUUGUGCUUGACACCGGCCCAUGACUAAGUUUAUGUUUCUGUGCACAAUGUUGGUAGCAAUGUUGGUAGCUUGCCUCUUGUUGCAGUCCUGUUCCUAUAUAUAUAUAUAAAGUUUUAACUUUUUUUUUAUUUUACCACUUUUAGUAGAAAGAGUUGCUCUUCCUACCUAACAAUAGCUUUCUGUACUUUACUCAUGGCCUAUAUGCAAAAAUGAAUAGAAUGCAGGAUAAUUUAUAGAGUUAGAUUCACUGUUGCUCCCAUAAAUCUCAUGUGCUGCAAAGAGCAAUGGAAACUCUUGGCUGUUUCUGAAUAAAUAAAGUGAAUUCUAUCGUACCAGCAUGUUGAGACGAAUUACAUUUAAAUAAAAAAUAAUAAAC